AUGGCUCGUGGAGAUAUGAUGCGCUGGUCGCGAGCUCUGCUUCGUUUCUUACAAUUCGCCUUUUCACUGAUAGCACUUGCUACAGUGUCGCGGGCUUUUGUUGGGGCUUCGUACUAUGGAUACUCAAGUAUGUUGGGCAGCAGAGCGGCGACAUAUACGACCCUAGUGACCUACACGGGUAUGCUUGUGGGGUUGUUUAUGCUCUUGCUUGUAGAGCUGAUGCAAUUCUAUCGGCGUCCAACCCCACGCUGGAUUGAGCAGCUGAUCGACUUUAUCUUAGCAGUCAUGCUGGUUGUCGCUGGAAUUGUUUUGGUUGUAUCCGACUAUGUGUCGAACUGUUCCGUGUACGGUUACAUGUUGCGCUGCAACCAGCUAAAGACAGCGGUUGUCUUUACGUUUCUUGCGUCACUGGCAUACUUUGUGUCAUUUUUACUCAACUGCUGCGAGAAUUUCAUGGGUGGUAGCCAUAACGGAGAAAAUAGCGACUCAGAUGGUGUGGUGAAUCACGGUCAUCCGGGUGCUGGGUAUCACGUUGAGUCCACCCCAACUGGUGCCUCAACACCCAAAGACGCAUCCAACCGGGUGUAA